GGAGGCUUUCACUGACACUUAACUGUCUGUAACAACUGGAGAAGACAAUUGGCCUUCUACAUGGUUUCUACAUAGUUCUUGAUUUGAAUUGAACCAUAAGAGUGGAUGCAGCAAUGGAAGCAAAACUAAAAGCCACACAUCAUGGGAUAGUCAAUGAAGGCUCAGAAAAUGAAUUUCAAGUGUUUGGCUACAGAACAAAGAGAUGGAGACAAGCCUUGUGUUAUGUGGGAUACGUGCUUUCACUUGGAUUAAUUCGAUUCCUCUUGUACUGGAAACAGGAGAUGUAUGUCUGGUUUGUUUGCAACCCUUGCAGCUUGGAAGAGGCUGACAUUUUACUGCUCAGAACUACUGAUGAACAGAAAAAGUGCUGUAUGAAGAAAGUAAAGUCAUUUCAUGUUGCCAAUGUUUCCCAUAUUGCAUACAUGAAUAAUAACACUGCUGAAAAAAAAGACAGUAAAGAACUGCCAGUAAAUACUGAACUGAAGGUUCGAUAUAUGCACGUACAGAAGAUGAGAUAUAUUUGGAAUCCAUUUAGAGGCACAUUUCAGAAAAGUGGGGUUUUGGAUGACACACAUUCCUGUUCUGAUAUACACACAAAAUUUGCUUCAGGGUUCAGUAAAGAAGAACAAGAUAACAGGAGGCAAAUUUGUGGAUCAAAUUCAAUUGAAGUGGAAAUAACUCCGAUAUGGAAGCUCCUUUUUAGGGAGAUCUUAAACCCGGUUUACUGUUUUGAAGCCUAUGCAUUAAUUUUAUGGCUUUCAGCUGGAUAUAUUGAAUAUUCCAUGGCCAUAUUAAUUCUCACCAUCUUGUCUAUUAUUGCUACUGUCACCUUGCUGAGGAUGCAAUCUGUAAAAUUACAUAAAAUGGUUGAGUUCCACAAUAAUGUCAUGGUUACUGUUCUUCGGAAAACUGGAGACAUAGAAGAAGUGCAGUCCCAAAAUUUAGUUCCGGGAGAUGUAAUAAUUUUACCUGAAAAAAAAAUGUACCUGCCUUGUGAUGCAAUUCUGAUAUCUGGAGGCUGUGUUAUAAAUGAAGGGAUGCUGACAGGAGAAUGUGUUCCUGUUACAAAAACACCCCUGCCCUGUGUAGACAACUGCAUUCCAUGGAACGUUUACACUGGGGACAAUUACAAGGAGCACAUGCUUUACUGUGGAACUGAAGUCACCAAGACGAAGCCAGAUAGUGAUGGGCUGGUAAAAGCUGUUGUACUGCACACUGGUUUUAACACCACGAAAGGAGAUCUUGUGAGGUCCAUCCUUUAUCCAAAACCAAUAAAGUUCAAACUCUACAAAGAUGUUUUCUGGGUCAUUGCUGCACUUUCAGUAGUUUCAGUCUUUGGUCUUAUAUACUCAGUAGUCGUUGGUGCACUCCAAGGAGCAGAACCGAAAGACCUAGUUCUGAUGGGAUUCAUCAUGCUGACAUGCGCUGUUCCUGUCUCCUUGCCUCCUGCAUUGGCUGUUUGUGUUCUCUACAGUCAGAAUCGCCUAAAGAAACAUGGGAUAUUUUGCAUCAGCCCUGAUCGGAUUAGCCUUUGUGGACAACUAAACCUCAUCUGUUUUGACAAAACAGGAACCCUAACAGAAGAAGGUUUGGACUUAUGGGGCAUUGUACCUUCCAGGGAAAACUGUUUUCAGGAAGCGCAUCAUUUCACCUCUGGAAGUACCUUACCAUGGGGGCCUUUACUUGGUGCUGUUGCUAGCUGCCACUCCCUGAUUGUCCUUGAUGGUGCAAUUCAUGGAGAUCCAUUAGACUUCAAGAUGUUUGAAGGUUCAGGAUGGAAUAUUGAUGAGAGUCAAGCAACCUGCACAGUGGAUGGAAAAUGUUGCUCAUGUGUGACUGUUAAACCAGGGUCCGGAUCAAAGGUCCCAGUAGAUGGAAUCAACAUUUUGCUCCAGUUUCCUUUUUCCUCUGCUCUGCAGCGAAUGUCUGUUGUAGCCCAAGUAAUAGGAGAACAGAGACUCACCUUAUUCUUAAAAGGAGCUCCAGAGAUGGUGGUCAGAUUUUGCAAACAAGAAACAGUACCAUCUUCCUUUAAGAACACACUUGACUAUUAUACAGAACAAGGCUUUCGAGUCAUUUCCUUGGCAUAUAAAUAUUUUGAACUGGAAGAAAAUAUUUCACUUCCUAACUUAAAAAGGGAAGAAGUCGAAUCUGAUCUCAUAUUUCUAGGAUUUUUAAUAAUGGAAAAUCAACUUAAGCCCGAAACAAAGCCUGUUCUUCAAGAACUCGUUUCUGCUAAUUUAAGAACAGUCAUGCUUACAGGUGACAACCUCAAAACAGCUUGUACUGUUGGAAUGGGUUCUGGAAUGGUACCCAGCACUGACAAUGUAUUUUUGCUUGAAGCCACUGAAUACGAAGAAGGCACUCAACCGUUUAUUAACUGGCAGAUAUUGAAGAGGAACAAGGAUAAUGAUACCAAACUAAAUGAGACAACCGUUAAUAUUCUGUGCACUGAUAAUGCCAUAAAAUGUAAUACGAUACAAAAUAAAUUGGAUUAUGCCACUAGUGGAACAUAUUAUAGUACUGACAAGCAAAACUUGCCUGAAUUGAUGAUGCCCAAUGUAUGUCUACUGCCAUCUGUUUUUGCUGAUGUUGCACCCUCAGUUGCUGCUGUUGCUUUCAGUAAGACAGGAGAGAACAUCCAAUCUGAGUCUCCUUCGAGCCAUUAUAUUAAGCAACACAAGUAUCAUUAUGCCAUGACUGGCAAUUCAUACCAAACUAUCAAGCAACACUUCCCUGACUUGAUGCCAGAUAUCCUACUCAAUGGAACCAUUUUUGCCAGAAUGACCCCCAAACAAAAAUCUACCAUGAUUGAAGAUUUGCAAAAUAUAGAUUACUAUGUUGGUAUGUGUGGAGAUGGAGCAAAUGACUGCGGGGCACUGAAAAUGGCUCAUGCUGGGAUCUCAUUAUCAGAGUUGGAAGCAUCAGUGGCCUCUCCAUUUACAUCUAAAAUAACUAAUAUUACAUGUAUGCCCAUCCUACUGAAGGAAGGAAGAAAUGUAUUUGUCACUUAUAUAUCUCUGUUUAAAUACAUGGUGAUGUAUGCCUUUAUCGGACUGAUCUGCAUGUUUCUUAUGUUUUGGGAGCAAACAAUACUUGGAAGUAAUCAAUACCUCAUGCAAGAUAUUGCCAUUACCAUCCCUCUUAUGCUUACACUGAGUUUAAAUGGUCCUGCACCGAAGUUAGCACCAUACAGACCAGCUGGACGCCUGCUUUUACCACCCUUGUUACUUUCAAUAAUUCUACAUCUGUCUUUCACCUUGACGGUGCAAAUGUGCGCUUAUUUUGUGUUACAGCAGCAGCCAUGGUUCAGCAGAACUGAUGUAUUCUAUGCUUGCAUCCCUCAGAAUAUGAGCUUUGCUAAUCAAACAAGCCCUAUGGAGUACGACAUUUCACAGAACUUCUUCACCAGCACUUGUUGGCUAAUAACCGGAAUAAAUCUUAUCAUUAUCGAAUUUGUGUUUUCCAAAGGAAGACCAUUCCGCCAGCCAAUAUACACUAACUAUAUAUUCCUCAUGUUGGUAGUGGCACAGGUGGCAGUAUACAUGUUCUUUCUGUUUGCUGAUAUUGAGUCAUUGUACAGUGCUUUGAAGUUUGUCUGCAUGCCGUAUUACUGGAGAGGAAUAAUAUUUGCCAUGGUGUUCGCACUUUUUGCCGUAUCCUAUUUUAUUGAGGAAUGCAUCCUUGAAAACAGAAGUCUGUGGUUACGGAUAUAUAAAAUGUUUAACUGCAAGUACUUGAGUCAUUUUAAAGAGCUUCAAAAAGCAUUGGAAAUGAACAACCAUCCUUCUGUGGUGCCAAGAAAGACAUACAGAACAAACGCAUUGGGUCCUAGAGAGAAUCCAGUGUAACUGUUAUGCAUUGACUGUUUGGGUUAAGGUUUUUAGAUGACACUGUUUCACACUGCGUAGUUGUGCUGUCAGUCUGUUUUUGUGCUGGUUACCUACUGUUUAGUUUCUGGUUACCAUAUUUUCCUUCUUACCAGUGUCUGUUUGGAUUCUGCUUGGUCCCAAAUAAUGAUCCCUGAAUUGUGUAGUAAUCAUUGCCGAAUACUCAUGAAUAGAACGUUUCAUGUAAAGGUGAAAUUGUUAAUGACCUGCAUAAAUGUUUCUAAUGAGAAAAACACUCAAAUGCUAAGGUCAAGAAACACUAGAAAAAAAAUAGCCUUUGAUUAUUUGUAUAAAUAGUUUAACUUAAAGCACAUAUACAUAAUUAUAGUAUAUCAGAUUCAAUUACUGCAUGGUGUGUUAGAUUGUUGCUAACAAAUAUAAAUAUAACACUGUAUAUAUACUGUACAUAAAGAUAUAUAUAUAUUUUAUAUAUAAUGACUAAUGGAUGAACCAUGAAUGUCUUUGGUCUCUUUCAUUAAAUAUACAUUUUAUAAUGCAUUUCA